AUGGGUGAUAAUUAUAUUGAAGGAUUAUUUUGGCAAAUAUUUCAUAAUAAAUAUUUGCUUAGUUUAAUUUUUAAACAAAUUCAUUGUUUAGAAUGGAUUGAAUAUGAUGAUCCACAAAACAUUCACCCAGAAAAUCGUAAAAAAUUUAAAGAUAUUCAUUCUUUAGAUUGGAUGAUUAAAAAGAACCUUUAUCAAUUAAUAAAGUGUAAAUUGGAAUCCAAUGAUUAUAUUAAAAUUAGUAAAAAUUCAAUCACUACAUUUUUUUCAGCAUUGUCAAAAUCAAGAAUUGAAUUCGUUAAUACUACAUCAACAACAACAAUAACCACAACAACAGCAUCAACAACAACUAAUAAUAAUAACAAUGGUAUAUUAAAAGAGAUUUUAAUAUUAUUAUUAAAAAAUAAAAGAAUAGAAUUUGAAAUCGUAGAUUUAAUACAUGUAGCUACCAAAUGUAAUUGUGUUGAUGCAUUGGAAAUAUUAGGAAAUCAAGAAUACUCUUUAAAAGUUAACCCAUCAGCUUUAGAAUAUGCAAUAUCAACUUAUUCUGAUCCACAAAUCCUUCAAAUCUUAUUAAAACUCAUCAACACCAACAGUGAUAAAAACAAUAUUAUCUAUAAUAUGGAAAUUCAAAGAAUAAAAAAGAAUUCAAUCAACUUGGCAUUAAAAUCUAAAAUUAAUGAAUUUACUGAAAACCAACUAAUUUCCUUAUUUUCAGUUUUUGAUUUUAAAAACUAUAAUAAUAAUAAUAAUAAUAAUAAUAAUAAUAAUAAUAAUAAUAAUAAUAAUAAUGAAGAGGAACAGCCUUUAAAGAGAUUUAAAUCAAGUAAUAAUAAUAAUAAUAAUAAUAAUAAUAAUAAUAAUAAUAAUAAUAAUAAUAAUAAUAAUAAUAAUAAUAAUAAUAAUAAUAAUAAUAAAGAAAUUAUUGAAAUUGAUAUAACUAAAAUUGGGUACUCAAUGUUUUUAUUAUUUAAAGAUAUAGAAUUAAGGAAUAAAUUAAUUGAUUUAGAUAUAGUUUUAAAAGAAAAUGGAAAACUACCAGACCUUUCAAUAAAUAGCACAAUCGGUGAACUUCUAUUAGUAUUAAAAAUAUAUAAUAAUUAUUGUAUAGAUAAUGAUAAUGAUAAAAUAAUUUUUAAUUACGAUAAUGAUAAAAAUAAUAACAAUGAGAAGUCAAUUAAAAAACUACAAAAAUUAUUUAUAAAAACAAUAAUAAAAAAAUCAUUAUCUUCAAAAGGUUCUCAAAAAUCAAAUAAAACUGAUGAAAUUAUUUAUAAACAAAUAAUUGACUUUUAUUUAGAAUACACACUAAAAUAUAAAAAAACAAUCAAAGAACUACACAACAAUGAUAAUAAUGAUAAUAAUAAUAAUAAUAAUAAUAAUAAUAAUAAUAAUAAUAAUAAUAAUAAUAAUAAUAGUGAAUUUAUUGAAUUUUUUAGAAUUUUAGAAUUAAAAGAGAAUGGUAGUUUAAAAACUCAACUUCCAAUAGAUUUAGAGAAUUGUAAAUGGAAUCCAAUUUUAUUUGAGAUUUUAAAAAAAAAGGAUAAUGAUAUUAUUAUAAUUAAAGAAAAAUCAAUUUUAGAUUGGAUUUCUGAAAAUAAUGAUAAAUGGAUUGUUCAAUCAUUUUUAAUUGAAAAAAAAAAUAUAUUAUCAUUUAGAUUUGAAUCUGUAGAAUUAUUAUCAUACUUUUUAAAUCUAUGUGAAUCGAAAUUAAAUUCUAGUAGCAGUAGCAGUGGCAGCAGUAGCAAUGGCAGUGGCAGUAGUAGUGGUUGUGCAGGGAAAUUAAAGAAACUCAUAUAUAAUUUCAUUUGGUAUAAUUCAGUAAUCAAUUUUAAUAUUGAUAAUUUGAAAUAUUUAAAUUCUUUAGGAGUAAUAUUUGAAGAAGAUGGUGAAAAAUUAAUUUCAAGUACAGCAACAACAGAAACAAUAAUAAUAACAACAACAGAAACUAAAACUACAACAGAAACAAAAGUAUUAGAAUUAAUUGAAUAUUUUAAUGAAAUUGGUUUUAAAAACUUUUCAAAAAGUUCAUUUAAAUUAUUUCAAAAUGAAAUUAUUAAUCAAAUCAAAAAUUCAAAAAUUUAUUCAGAUAUUAAAUUAAAUAUUGAAAAUAUGGAAGUUGAUAUUAUAAAAAAUCUAUUAAUAGAAUCAACUUUAUCAUUAGAUUUACCAAUUUUUGAAUUAAUAAUAAAUAGUACAAUUUUUGAUAAGAAAAAAGAGGAAACUACCAAUCAAUUCAACUCAAAUAAAGUAAUAUCUUUUAGUGAUAGUGAAGGUGAUAGAUUUUAUGAUUCACCAAGAUAUAUUUUUAGUACAACGAUUUAUCAUGAUGAAAAAUCAAAUGCAAAGGAAUUACAUUCAAUAAUUAUAAAAUUAAUUGAACGAUUAAAAUCAAUUCCAAUCGAAUCAUUUGAAUCAUUGAUUCUUAUAAUUAAAUUUAUUUUUGAAAAAUUAAUUCAAUCAAAGAAAGUAACAAAAGAACAAAUUAUAGAAAUUAAUACACUAUUUCAAAGUAAUUCAGUACCAAUUAAACACACUUUAUAUCAUUCAUUCUAUUACCUACAAAUUAGAGAUACCAAAUUUAUAAAAUUCAUUUUAUCAAUACCAAGAAUAACUGAACCUUUUUCAAAAUCAAAAGAAAGAUAUUAUAAUUGUUCAAUCGAGUAUCAAAUUGAUCCAACUGUUUAUGACAUUAUUGAUUAUUUUGAAUCUGAUAAAUUUACAUUUGAUUUUAUAUUUGGUAAAAAUAAUAAUGGUGGUAGUGGUGAUUAUAUCAAUUCAUUCGAUAAAAUUAUUGAAAUGUUAAUUUCACAAUUAUUUUUAAAUUAUAUCAAUAUAAUUGAAUACCCACAUUAUCUUGAUGAAUUUCAUGAAUUUAUGAAUUUAACAUUAGAGUAUUUAUUAUUAAUUAAAAGAGUAGAUUUAUUCUUUGAUCAAUUUGAAAUCAUUCAAGAUCACAUUGAUUGUCUACGUGAAAAAGUACCAAUAGGUUCAACAUUCCCUUUGAAAACUUAUUUAUAUCAAGUACCAGCAUUUUCACUAUUAUCAGCAAGUAAGUUAAGAGAUGAAUCUAUUAGAAAGUUACCUUUAAUGCCUCCAACUGAACAACCUUUAACAACAACUAAAAUCAAACAACAAGAAGAUCUAUUUAUUAAACCCGUUGUUUUAAUAAACUCUUUUGAUUUCUCUCCAAAAGUAAUAAGUUUAUCUUGUAAAAUAAUGAACACAGAUGAAAUUCAAAGAUUUAUAGAAUUUAAUUUUUACCAAUCAGCAUUUCAUUCUGCAAUUUUUGAUGAAUCAAUAUUUAAAAAUAAUUUUGAAAUUUCUAAAUUUAUCUUAGAGAAUUAUGAAAUCACCAUUUCAUCUUUAAAUACUAUUACUUCAACACCUCAAUUAGUUAAUAGUUGUGAUAGUUAUUUAGAAUCAAAAUUCUUUUUAGAGAAUUAUUUCGAAAGAGUAAAAAAGCCUUUUAAAUUUCAAUCAAUGGUUUUUAAUCAAUCAAAAAAACUAUUUGAAGUUAGAUUUUUAGAAUUCUUACAAUCGCAUUUCUUAAAGAUUAAAAAUCAAGAUAAUUAUAAAAAAUUAAUUAAUCCUUCAACACCAUCUGAUAUUAAAAAAUUAAUUUUAAAAGAAACUUAUAAUUAUUUAUUACAUCAAUUUGAAAUAGAUGAAAUUGAUAAUCCUACUAAAGAACAUGAAUUAAUUAGUAUUGAAAAAUCAAAGGUUCAGUCUAAUGUAUUAUCAAAACUUUUUAAUCAAAGUGAAUAUCAAAAUUUAUUUAAAAUAAUUUUUCAAGAAGAUACUCUUCAACAACAACAACAGGACGAUGAAGAAGAACUAAAAAAUCAGUAUAUUAAUGAUAAUAAUAAUAUAUUUAUAAGUGCAUUUGUUUUAGGUAUUACUCAUUUAUGUAACUUGGUUAUCUCUUAUUAUCCAAAUCAAUUUAAAAUUACAAAUUACUCAAUCACUCAUGCAAUCAAAAACAAUAAUAUUCAUAUUCUAAAAUAUUUUUAUAAUGACAAUAGUAACAAAAUCAAUAGCAUUAAAAACGAUCCAAUUUUAUUAAACCACCUUAAAAUAUCUUUAUCUAAUAAUAAAUUAUAUAAAUAUGAUUUGGAUUGGGUUAAUUAA